UCUCAGCUCCGCGGGGCCCGGCGAGGCGCGGCGGGAGCAGAUGGAGCCUGCACCGGCGAAGACGAAGCCGCAGGGCCGACUACUGGUGUCCACCCUGCUGGACACCAAAGAUGAGCUGGAAGAGAAAUCGGAGCGGUGUGUUGGGAUCGUCCAGGCGUUGACCAAUGGGCUGUCAGAGAGAGAAGCUAACGACGCGCUCACUGCUAAUGUGUGUAAAGGUCAGCAGCAGCACGAGGAGGUGUGUCUGGGUCUGUUCACUCUGCUCCUCACGGAACCCACCCAGGCUCAGAGGUGUUACAGAGACCUGACGCUGGUCAACAGAGACGGGAUGAACGUGAUCCUGGUGAAGAUCAACCAGAUCCUGAUGGAGAAGUUCCUCAAACUGCAGGACGUCCCGAGAACUCAGCUGGUGUGGCUGGUCCGGGAGCUGGUGAAGAGCAGCGUGAUUGGAGCCGACGGGGUCGUCAUGACGCUGCUGAAACAGAUCGCAGGUGGAGAUAUCUCCACUAAGAACCUGUGGUUGGCCGAGAACGUCCUGGAGAUCCUGCUGGAGCAGAAGGAGUGGGUCCUGAAGAGUGGGAUGCUGAUCGCCAUGUCCGUCUACACCUACCUCCGCCUGAUCGUCGACCAUGGGGCCCCCAACCUGCUGAUACUCCGCCAGAAGGAGGUGGACUACUGCAUCAGCAUGCUGAGGGAGAAGUUCAUGGAGUGUCUGAUCAUGGGCCGAGAUCUGGUUCGUCUGCUGCAGAACGUUGCUCGGAUCCCAGAGAUAGAUCUGAUCUGGAGAGACCUGCUGCACAACCCACAAGUCCUCAGUUCUCAGUUCACUGGAGUCCUCCAGCUGCUGACCGCUCGGACCUCUAGAAAGUUUCUGGCGUGUCGACUCACACCGGACAUGGAGACCAAGCUGCUGUUCAUGACCUCCAGGGUGCGGUUCGGGCAGCAGAAGCGGUAUCAGGACUGGUUCCAGAGACAGUACCUGUCCACAGCCGAGAGCCAAUCGCUGCGCUGCGAUCUGAUUCGCUACAUCUGUGGAGUGGUCCAUCCGUCCAAUGAGGUGCUGAGCUCUGACAUCUUACCUCGCUGGGCUAUCAUUGGCUGGCUGCUAACCACCUGCACGUCAAAUGUAGCUGCCUCCAACGCCAAGCUGGCGCUCUUCUAUGAUUGGCUCUUCUUCAAUCCAGAGAAAGACAGCAUCAUGAACAUAGAACCAGCCAUCCUGGUGAUGCAUCACUCCAUGAAGCCUCAUCCUGCCAUCACCGCCACACUGCUGGACUUCAUGUGCAGGAUCAUCCCUCACUUCUUCCCUCCGCUGGAGUCUCAGGUCCGUCAGGGGGUCUGCAGCUCGCUCACCUUCAUCAUGGAGAAGAGAGUGCUGGCUCACCUCGCUCCACUGUUUGAUAAUCCAAAACUGGACCGAGAACUUCGAUCGAUGCUAAGAGAGAGAUUCCCUGAGUUCUGCAGCUCGCCCUCCCCCCCAACUGAAGUGAAAAUGGAAGAAGCUGUUUCCUUAGAGAUGGAAAACCACGUGUUGGACAAGGAAGAGGGUUGCUAUGACAACACUGAGGCGGCCUUCAGUGACGAUGAGGAGGAAGUCAACAACAAAGGAAAGAAACGGGAGUUCAGGUUCCAUCCAAUCAAAGAGGCCGUGAUGGAGGAGCCUGCUGACAUCACACCCUGGCUGGACCAAUUAGAUGACACCAUGAAGGAGAAAGUGCUGCAGCUACAGAAAUCCAGUGACACAGAGACUCAGUGUGAAGUGAUGCAGGAAAUCGUGGACCUGAUCCUGGAGGAGGACUUUGACACAGAACAGAUGUCGGCUCUGGCCUCUUGUCUGGCAGAACUGUUUAAAGAUCAUUUCAGAGGAGAUGUUCUUCCAGAGGAGAUCACUGAGGAGUCCCUGGAGGAGUCGGUGUGUAAACCCGUCUGUCUGAUCUUCAGGAACCUGGUCACGAUGCAGGAAGACAACAGUGGCUUCUCGGUUCUGCUCGACAUGUUGGCUGAACUUUACCAGAAACAACCUAAGAUCGGAUACCACCUGCUCUACUACCUGAAGGCCAGUAAAGCGGCGAAUGGGAAGAUGAUGUUGUACGAGUCGUUCGCUCAGGCGACGGCUCUCGGGGACCUGCACACAUGUCUGAUGAUGGACAUGAAGGCGUGUCAGGAGGACGACAUCCGACUGCUCUGCUACCUCACUCCCUCCAUAUACUCUGAGUUUCCAGAUGAGACGUUGAGAAGCGGCGAGCUGCUCAACAUGAUCGUGGCCGUCAUCGACUCCACGCAGUUACAGGAGCUGAUGUGUCAUGUGAUGAUGGGAAACCUGGUGAUGUUCAGGAAAGACUCUGUGCUCAACAUUCUCAUUCAGUCUCUGGACUGGGAGACGUUUGAACAGUACAGCACCUGGCAGCUGUUUCUGGCUCACAGCAUCCCUCUGGAAACCAUCAUCCCCAUCCUGCAACACGUCAAGUACAAAGAGCAUCCAGAGGCUUUAUCGUGUCUGCUGCUGCAGCUUCGCAGGGAAAAACCCAGUGAGGAGAUGGUGAAGAUGGUCCUGAGUCGUCCCUGUCAUCCCGAGGACCAGUUCACCACCAGCAUUCUGAGACACUGGGCGUCCAAAUACGACGACACGCUGGGAGAACACAUCAAGGCCCAGCUGAUCAAGAACAACAACCAGCCCCGCAAGAGACAGAGUCUCCGUAGUUCCAGCAGUAAACUGGCUCAGCUGACUCUGGAACAGAUCCUGGAGCACAUGGACAACCUGAGACUGAGUCUGAGCAACAACAAGAACAACUUCUUCACUCAGACUCCCAUCCUCCAGGCUCUGCAGCACGUCCAGGCCAGCUGUGACGAAGCACACAAAAUGAGGUUCAGCGACCUGUUCGCUCUGGCGGAGGAGUACGAGGACUCUCAGUCGAAGCCUCCGAAGUCUCGUCGUAAAGCUCCGGCCUCCUCGCCGCGCUCCAGGAAAGGAGCAGCUCCGCCCACUGAGGAGGAGAGCGCCUCCAGCAGCGCCUCGGAGGAGGAAGACUCGAAGCCCAAAGCUCCAAAGAGGAAGAGGAAAGGCUCGUCAGCCGUCGGCUCUGACAGUGACUGAUGGACUCUGACCAAUCACAUGCCAGCUGCCACGGAGACAGCCAGCCAACCAGACGCUCUGACCACUGGAAGAAGCCCCGCCCCCCCUUCCUGAUGACAUGCACUGACGCCCGUGGAAGGGGCGGGACUCGGAGACGCUGCAGACUUUAAAUCCCAUGUGGUGAACUGAUUUUCACAUGAUGAGACCGAUGCUCUUUCCACAGAGACGAGGACUGACCUGGUCAAAGGUCACUGUGUGGCUUAACUCCCAUGAUGCACUGGGAAAAGGAAGCCUCGAACUCUGGGAACAAAAUGACUGAUUUUAAUACAGGGAACAUGAUGAUGAUGAUGAUGAAGAUGAGUGUGGUUGUUUUUGGGUACUCCUGCUUUUUUCUGGAGGGAAUUUUGAACUCUUAUUGUGGAGGAUCCUGACUUCCUGCUGUUUUUAGCAGCUCCUCCAUGUUUGUCUCGCUGCAGUAAAAGCUCUUCGUCUGAA